CCCCACUCGGGACGUGCGUCCGGGGUUAACCGCGAGUCCCGCUCCUCCCCGCCGGCGGGGGGAGCAGGAGGGCAGGCGGCCGUUCUCUCAGGCUAUAAAGGGCCUUGGGCCGCUACGGCUCGCCUCAGCGUCCUCCGGCUCCGCCCUCGCUGCCUCCCUCUCGGCUCGAGCUCCGUUCCCCCUCCGGCUCCACUCGACCUUCUCGGGCCUCAGCUACUCGGGCUGCGGCGGAAGAUGGCGGCUCCGACCCAGUGCUCCGAGGCGGCGCUGGCUGCUGCUUUGACGGACGUGCCCGAACUAGCCCGACUUUUCGAGGUUGACCCGUACCUGAAGCCCUUCGCCCUGGACUUCCAGCGCAGGUAUAAACUGUUUAACCAGGCUUUGAACGACAUUGGACAGAACGAAGGUGGUAUCGAUAAGUUUUCCAGAGGUUAUGAAUCAUUUGGCAUCCACAAAGAUGCUGAUGGUGGUUUAUACUGCAAAGAAUGGGCCCCUGGAGCAGAAGGAGUUUUUCUAACUGGAGACUUCAAUGAUUGGAAUCCAUUUUCAUACCCAUAUAAAAAACUGGAUUAUGGAAAAUGGGAACUGUAUAUACCACCAAAGCAGAAUAAAUCUCAACUAAUAUCUCAUGGAUCCAAAUUAAAGGUCGUUAUUAGGAGUAAAAGUGGAGAGAUCCUGUAUCGUAUUUCACCAUGGGCGAAGUAUGUGGCUCGUGAAGGUGAUAAUGUGAAUUAUGAUUGGAUACACUGGGAACCAGAACACACAUAUAAAUUUAAGCAUUCCAGACCAAAGAAGCCAAGAGGUCUAAGAAUUUAUGAAUCUCAUGUGGGAAUUUCUUCUCAUGAAGGAAAAGUAGCCUCUUAUAAACACUUUACAUGUAAUAUACUACCAAGAAUCAAAGACCUUGGAUACAACUGCAUUCAGCUGAUGGCGAUCAUGGAACACGUUUAUUAUGCCUGUUUUGGUUACCAAAUCACAAGCUUCUUUGCAGCUUCAAGCCGCUAUGGAGUUCCUGAAGACCUAAAAGAACUGGUUGACACAGCCCACUCAAUGGGAAUUACAGUCCUCUUAGAUGUGGUUCACAGCCAUGCUUCAAAAAAUUCAGAAGAUGGAUUGAAUAUGUUUGAUGGGACAGAUUCCUGUUAUUUUCAUUCUGGACCUAGAGGGAAUCAUGAUCUUUGGGAUAGUCGAUUGUUUGCCUACUGCAGCUGGGAAGUUUUAAGAUUCCUUUUGUCAAACAUCAGAUGGUGGCUGGAAGAAUAUGGCUUUGAUGGAUUUCGUUUUGAUGGUGUUACAUCCAUGCUCUAUCAUCACCAUGGAAUCGGUCAAGGUUUCUCAGGUGGUUACCAUGAAUAUUUUGGACUACAAGUAGAUGAAGAUGCCUUAGUUUAUCUCAUGUUGGCAAAUCAUUUGGCUCACACAUUGUAUCCGGAUUCAAUAACCAUAGCAGAGGAUGUAUCAGGAAUGCCAGCUCUGUGUUCUCCUAUUUCCCAGGGAGGGUGUGGCUUUGACUAUCGAUUAGCCAUGGCAAUUCCAGAUAAAUGGAUCCAGCUACUGAAAGAGUAUAAAGAUGAAGAUUGGGAUAUGGAAAUAGUAUACACACUCACAAACAGGCGCUACCUUGAAAAGUGCAUCGCUUAUGCAGAGAGCCAUGACCAGGCACUCGUUGGGGAUAAGUCACUGGCAUUUUGGUUGAUGGAUGCUGAUAUGUAUACCAACAUGAGUGUUCUGGCACCUUUGACUCCAGUUAUUGAUCGUGGAAUACAGCUCCAUAAAAUGAUUCGACUCAUUACUCAUGCACUUGGCGGUGAAGGCUAUCUCAACUUUAUGGGUAAUGAAUUUGGGCAUCCCGAAUGGUUAGACUUCCCAAGAAAAGGAAAUAAUGAAAGUUACCACUAUGCCAGAAGGCAGUUUCAUUUAACUGAUGAUGACCUUCUUCGCUACAAGUUUCUAAAUAAUUUUGACAGGGAUAUGAAUAAAUUGGAAGAAAGAUUCAAUUGGCUUUCAGCUCCACAGGCCUAUGUGAGUGAAAAGCAUGAAGCCAAUAAGAUCAUCACUUUUGAGAGAGCAGAUCUUCUUUUUAUUUUCAACUUUCAUCCUACCACGAGCUACACUGAUUACCGAGUUGGAACGAAAUCGCCAGGAAAGUUCAAAAUUGUGCUGGAUUCAGACUCAGCUGAGUAUGGGGGACAUCAGAGGCUGGACCACAAGACCGAUUUCUUCUCUGAGCCUUUUGAACACAAUGGGCGUUCCUGUUCUCUUUUGGUGUACAUUCCAAGCCGAGUGGCCCUCAUCCUUCACAACGUGGAUCUGCCCAACUGAAGAGACCCGGUUUCAGCUCCUCCAGGGGGAGAUGUGCGUUUUGUUUUCCUAUUGUCGUUGUCACAUAGCGUAUAAUACGUAAGCUUUGCAAAAUACAAUGUCUAGCCAAAACGUCAGAUGUCUGAAAUGCAGUAUUGGUUUAUGCAAAUGCAUGUUAAACGUUUCAUUAAGAAGUAGAGGGAAUAUUUUUGAAAUUUUAGGGGUCCUAGACUAUAUUUUCCAGAUAUCUAAGCAGCUAGGAUUCUGAAAUGAAGUAUUAAUAUAAUAUAUUUAACUUUACUUUCCUGGCCAAUUAUUUGAUGCUUUUAAGUUCAAAUUUGAAUCAUGUAUCUUGUAUAAUAAUUUCUGUUGAGUACAUACAGUAUUUUUUUUUUAAAGAUGGAUAUUUGGUGACCUUAUUUGUUCUUAUAUCUCUUCAUCUAAAUUACAGGGUACCAAGGUUGUUAUUAGGUUUUUUUUUCAAACUAUCUUUAGAAAUACUGUAAUAAAUAUGUAGAAAUAAUAUAAAAUUAAGAAUGACUCAAUGGAUAAUAUAAAAAUCAUUAUCUAUGAACUCAUCCAUGCUUUAUUUUGCAUGUUUUAUCUUGUGAUCUCUUGUUCAUUUAAUAUCUUUGUAGAUGCUGAUAUCUCUGUCUUUUUGAGGGCCUAACUGGUAAUUGUAACAUUUUGGAAAAUGUCUUUU